UACAAUGCAGAGGUCAUCUUCACGCUUCUUUGCUAGAACGCUCUCUCAAACGCUUUGAUCCUCCAUACAGAUUGCAGAUUGCUUCUCCACUUUUUAGAGCCAAAUUUAUUUUUACUUCAGUGUUCUCAAGUGCUUAUUGGAAACUUCUCUCUCUGGAGGUGUCUGUAGGUUUUAACCACAUCCUGCUGUCAGUCAUGCAGAAAUAUUGCAGGGAGAUUCUGUUGCACCUUCUACUCAGCCUCACAGGAAGACACAUCAGCCACGAGCUGAAAAACACAUACGAAGACUUUGUCUGUGCUGACCUCAUUUUUUUUCUGGGGAGAAUUGCCUCUUUUGUAUUUUAUUUUUAGUAUUAAAUUUUCAGUUUUUUUCACUUUAAAAUGUUGUGUAGGGGGAGCUGGUUCUUCUAAAUUGUUUUCACGUAGAGUAAUCCCAUAUGGACCUUCAGAGGUGGAAGAACAAGCCUUAGAAGUUCUGUGAUCAUCUGGUGACUGACUACAGAUAAUGGGCUGUGUGCAAUGCAAGGACAAGGACCCAACCAAAUUCCCAGAUGACCUGAACCCCUGUGGAGCCGGGCAUUGCUAUGAAGCUGACCUAACUCCGCAGCAGAACCCCAACUUCAUAACCACCACCAUUCCAAACUACAAUUUUCCUUCCUCUGUUGGACAGAGCCUGACAGUCUUUGGAGGUCCAACUGGAACCCUCAGGACCCAUGGUGGAACAGGAGUCACUGUUUUUGUAGCACUUUAUGACUACGAGGCUCGCACAGAAGAUGACCUGAGCUUCAAGAAAGGAGAAAAGCUUCAAAUCCUCAGCACCACUGAAGGAGACUGGUGGGACGCUCGGUCGCUCACCACCGGCAGCAGUGGCUACAUUCCCAGCAACUAUGUGGCUCCAGUGGACUCGGUUCAAGCUGAAGACUGGUUUUUUGGUAAACUUGGUCGUAAAGAUGCAGAAAGGCAGCUGCUGUCCGCCGGCAAUGCUCAAGGCACCUUCCUCAUCAGAGAGAGUGAAACCACGAAGGGAGCCUUUUCCCUGUCCAUACGGGACUGGGACAAUGUGAAAGGUGACCACGUCAAACAUUAUAAGAUCCGUAAGCUGGACAGUGGUGGGUAUUACAUCACCACCAGGGCGCAGUUCGACAAGCUUCAGCAGCUGGUUGAGCAUUACUCAGACCGAGCUGCAGGUCUCUGCUGUCGCUUGCUGGUUCCCUGCCACAAAGGCGUACCUUGCCUCGCUGACCUGUCCAUCAAGACCAAAGACUUGUGGGAGAUCCCACGGGAGUCGUUGAAGCUGAUCAAGCGUGUUGGAAAUGGGCAGUUUGGGGAGGUCUGGAUGGGAACGUGGAAUGGUACUACAAAAGUGGCGGUGAAGACGCUGAAGCCUGGCACCAUGUCUCCAGAAUCCUUCCUGGAGGAGGCUCAGAUCAUGAAAAACCUUCACCACGAGAAACUAGUUCAGCUUUACGCUGUGGUUUCUGAGGAGCCCAUUUACAUUGUGACCGAGUAUAUGGGCAGAGGAAGCCUUCUGGACUUCCUGAAGACUGGAGAAGGACGAGACUUGAAGCUUCCUGACCUGGUGGACAUGGCAGCACAGGUGUCAGCAGGCAUGGCUUACAUCGAGAGGAUGAACUACAUCCACAGAGACUUACGCGCCGCCAACAUCCUGGUGGGGGAGAACAUGGCUUGUAAGAUCGCAGACUUUGGCCUAGCAAGGCUGAUUGAAGAUAACGAGUACACUGCACGGCAAGGUGCAAAGUUCCCCAUCAAGUGGACCGCCCCUGAGGCAGCGAUGUUUGGGAGGUUCACCAUCAAGUCUGACGUGUGGUCAUUCGGGGUCUUUUUAACAGAGCUUGUCACCAAAGGUCGAGUCCCAUACCCAGGCAUGAGUAACAGAGAGGUCCUGGACCAGGUGGACCUGGGCUACAGGAUGCCAUGCCCCCAGGACUGCCCCACCUCCAUGCAUGAGCUCAUGUUACAAUGCUGGAAAAAGGAACCAGAGGGGAGGCCCACCUUUGAAUACCUGCAGUUCUUCCUGGAGGACUACUUCACUGCCACUGAGCCUCAGUACCAGCCUGGAGACAACCUCUGAAGUCAGUGUGAAGAGAGCCGGCCAGGCAGGACUGACUCUGAACCCCAAAGAAAGAAACCAUGGAGAAGUGAGGAGCUGUUCGGGUUCCUGAAGGAACAUCAGCUUUAGGUGUGUUUCCUCUACAAACAAAUGAGGAAAAAACGUGUUGAGGAAGAAAAGUAUGCAGAGAAAACGGUCUCACCCUGAUUUGUGCGUGCGUAAUUCUGAAUUUGUUUGCAACUUUGGAUAUGUGCAUACAUGAUUUUUUAUAUUAAUUAUCGGGCAUAUGUGUUUAAGAAAGUGGCAAAAUAUCAAGUUUCACCAGAUAUUAUUCACAAUCUAAGUUCAAACAGGCUGAUAAGAAAACUAAUGACCUAGAAUUCUAGCAGCAUUUAAACGCAUCACUUACAGACGAAUUUUGGAGACGUGAUAAGAGUCUCACCUCAGAUUUGGGUGUAAAUGCGGUCUUGUGUUUCUUAACAAGUGAUGUGUGCGUAAUUUUUAAACAUUUAUGUGUGUGGUUAGUUUCAAGCUGUUGUCAUUUUAAUUUGUGUGUGUGUAAAUUGUAUUUAGUAUUUUUUUUUAUUUUAUUAUUUUAGUAAUUAUGCACAAAAUAUAUUGUAUGAGUUACAAAUCAAGAAUUACACAUACAGCAUAGAUUGUUUGUUAACUUUGUUUUUGUUUUUUCUACCAGUGACAUUGAAGGCCUCAGUAUAAUUUCCUCUGUAUUAAAAGGCAAAAAUGCUUUGAGUUUCUCUGCUCUUCUUGCAGAGAAGUAUGAAAGUACUGUAUAUGAGAGGCCAUGUGAGACUUAAUUCUUACUUUCUUUCACACAAAUCAUCAAACUCUUUCAUACUUACCAUCAAGCUCUUUCGCACAUAAAGUAUGAAUUAAGUCUCAUACGGCCUCUUAUAGAGAAGAUCUUCAUCUCCCCUCAGUUUGUAGAAGGUUUUCUUAUGAAGCUGUAGCUUCUUUUAUACAUUUCAAAAAAAUCAAAAAAUGAAAUCCAGAUUUCCAUCCUCAUCGUCACUUAUUUAUCUAAAAUAUAUAUAUUUUUAAACAUAUCUUGUACUCUUCCUGUGUUCUAUAAGUGUUCCAAAACCAGCUCAGUUUUCCUUCUUCCUGUGUUUCUUACAGGAAAUCAAAAGUAAAAGCUAACUGGGUUUAGAAAAGUAAAACCUUUUUCUGAGAGGCUCUGUUUUAUGUUCAAUAAGUUCACACCUUUUAUUGAAUAAAGGAGGUGAGAGUCAAAUUUAGCGAUGGUUUAUGUAAAUCUAAAUUAAAGCAAAAUAUAUAAAAGAAAAGAUGAAAGAAAUGAAAGAAAAGAUGAAAUGACCAAGUGGUCCAAUGUUUUCAGUCCUGGAGCCUGAUUCAUACAAAUGUUUUGGUGUAUAGACUGCCAGCACUGUAGGCAGAAGUACUGUAUAUAUAAAUACACGGUCCAGCAGCAUCGUGUGGAAAUGCCUGUAAAGACUUAAGCUGUUAGCAUUUGGGUGAGCAGCAAUGAGAACGAGAGCUGUGUCUAUGCAGAGCCAUGAUUCCCAAAACACAGGCAAAAUGCUGAUGUUUGGAUGUAGGAAGCCGCUUGUUCUCAUUUUAGAAACUCUCCUCCAUCAGCUCUGCCUGAUCUUUGAGACAGCCAUGGGUAUGAUGGGACAGUCAGUGUCCCGGAGCAACAGCAAACAGAAUGACUCGUGGGCCAGAAACCAGAAGUGAGCUUAAUGCCUUUUGGUUUCAGCUGAAAUAUUACUGGUGGGUUGUAACUGCAGUGACUG